GAGACGUUCAGGGCUCUCCGGCAAAUAAAAAACUUCAUGGCUGGAAGAAGUCGACGGCGAUGCGCGCGGCUAGGCUAGGCUAAAGCUAGUCUGAGGCUGGGCUGGGCUUUGCGGAGGGGACGCUUCCGAAGGCGGCCGAACCUCCACAAGGGCCUUGUUUUUUUAUUUUUUGUCUUUUUUUAUCAUUAUAAGUGUGAGCUUGCUGGAAACUAACAGAAGAACCGCUUUCGUCUCGUGCGCCUUUUCUGAUGGAACAUUUGAGUUAAUUAGCCUCGGAGAAAAAGAAAAGCAGGACCGACGAGUCAGCGACCCCCCCACAAGGCUUCUUCCUCCUCCUCCUCCUCCUCCUCCUGUGUGGCGGUGACCGAAUUGGUACCAUGGCAGCUACUUUGUCGGCCGAGGAAGAAGAGGCUAUCAGACAGUUCCUGGAGGAAAUCACCAAGUGGACCAGUCAGCAUGGAGUCUCGCCGCUCUCCAGGGAACUGGCCGUCAAGUUCCUCAUGGCGCGCAAGUUCGACGUGUUCCGGGCCAUCCAGCUGUUCCACAGUUACAGGGAAACGCGGCUGAAAGAAGGCAUCGUCAGACUUCAGCCUCAAGAAGAACCUCUGCGCUCGGAGCUGCUCAGCGGAAAGUUCACGGUGCUGAGUGCACGGGACCCGUCAGGAGCCUCCAUCGCCUUGUACACUGCCAAACUUCAUCACCCAAACAAGACGGGCAACCACGUGGUUCUGCAGGCACUCUUCUACCUCCUGGAUCGCGCAGUGGAGAGCUUCGAGACUCAGAGGAACGGCUUGGUGUUCAUCUACGACAUGGCCGGUUCCGACUACACAAAUUUUGAGCUGGACCUGAGCAAGAAGAUUCUCAACUUACUGAAGGGGGCGUUCCCGGCCAGGUUGAAGAAGGUGUUGAUUGUCGGGGCGCCGGUGUGGUUUCGGGUGCCCUACAACCUGCUCAGUCUGCUGCUGGAGAAACUUCGGGAGCGCGUCCAGUUUGUGAAGAUGGUCGAGCUGCGCCAGCACCUCCCCAGGGACUGCCUUCCCCAGCACCUGGGAGGCCUUCUUCCCCUGGACACCUUCAGCUGGAACCAGCAGCUUCUGGCGGGCCAGAACGGCCGUGUGGACCCCGUGGAUGAGCUGGUGGGCAUCCCCCUGGAGGACUCCUCCAUUCACAUCCCAGGACCAGAAUCCAUGCGCCCGCAGGAGCUGCUGACGCACCUCGGCAGACUCCAACGCUCCGGCAUCCACUUGGAGUACGAGGAGCUCCGGAGAGAAGCGCCGCCGGGGACCUUCCACUGUGCACAAGCCGUCUACAAUCUGGAGCGGAAUCGAUAUGGAGAUGUUCUGUGUCUUGAUCAAACAAGAGUCCGCCUGAAACCACGAAAGAUUGAGAGAUCUGACUACAUCAACGCGAGCUUCAUGGAUGGUUACAAACAGAAGAAUGCGUAUAUUGGUACUCAAGGUCCCCUGGAAAAGACAUACGGUGACUUUUGGAGAAUGGUUUGGGAGCAAAAUGUGCUUGUUGUCGUCAUGACAACCAGGACGGAGGAGGGCAGCCGAAGGAAAUGCGGACAGUACUGGCCCCUGGUCGACGGUGGCCAGGAGGUCUACGGUCACAUAGCUGUGGUGAAUCAAAGGGUGGACCACUACACCCACUACAACCACACCAUCCUUGAGCUGCACAACACUGAGACAUGUGAACAAAGGCAAGUGAGUCAUUUCCAGUACCUCAGCUGGCCCGACUACGGCGUCCCGACCUCGGCGGUGACUCUCAUCGACUUCCUGUCGGCCGUGAAGAAAGAGCAGUGGAAUAUGAUCAAGGCCUUGGGACCUCAGUGGACGGGAUACCCGCAGAGACCCCCCAUGGUGGUUCACUGUAGCGCUGGGAUCGGCAGGACGGGUACCUUCUGUGCCUUGGACAUCUGUCUGUCGCAGUUACAAGACGUGGGCUCGCUCAACGUGUGCCAGACGGUGCGACGCAUGAGAACCCAGAGGGCCUUCAGUAUCCAAACCCCGGACCAGUACUACUUCUGCUACAACGCCAUUUUGGAGCAAUCCCAAAGGCAAGGCUUGCUCCCGACCAAUCAGUGAGCUGCGCUUCAUUCCGCACACCCAUUUCCAUCCAUAAUACACCCAGCCACAAAAUUCUGCUGUUUGCCCCGAGACGCUCGUCUUGCCAAGUGCUGUCCUUGUCUUUCCUGGAACCAUUCGUCAGCAUGUGACAAUGUGUGUGCGUGUUUGUGUGGCUGUAUGGAGUCCAGCAAACAGGUUGUAUGGUCUCAUUGUAUGGCAGCCUAAGCAGUAAAUCCACCAAAAAUGCAGUUUUUUUUUUUUUUUUUUUUGCUAACAACCAUUUGGUCACAAACUUCACGUUUUUUAAAAUGUUUUUUUUUUUUAAAAUAACUUUAGGGUAAACCGUAUUUGCAGGUGUUAGGAAGCGAUCCCUAUCGCGAGUUAACAGACACCACCCCCAAAAAAAGGUUUAAUUUUUUUAUUUCAUUUUCUUUAUUUUUUCUAGUUCCAACCAAGGAUAGGCAACUUAAAUACUGGAGGUGGCCACACACUUCCAAUAUGUACUCUAAAUAUAUUUCAUUUUUGAUCAUACAUUUUCAAUCCACUAUCCUCAGCCAACAACAAAAGCUUUGAAGCCAACAACACGGGCUGAAAAAAAGCAAACAAAUGGGCUCUCUUGCAUCAAAAUGAUGGCACAAAACUGCUGAACAACACAAAACACAUACAUCAUUUUUAAACUAAAAUAAACUCUCAGAAAAUGUUAAUAUUCCUAUCUUUGUACUUACUGUAUAUCAUUCCAAAUCUGCAACUUGCCAUCUAGUGUUGAUUGGUGAUAUUACAACUUAAAAUGACAGCUAAGCUUAGCCUUUCUACAUGCAAAGAUGUCAACCGUAUCGCUUCAACAUACUUCCUGGACACUGAUCAGCACUUUCCUAUUAAGCUUUGGCGGCGUCUUUGGGUGAUAACAGAGCGCACAAAAAUACGCACAGAUGCUUGUCGGUGAGUUUUAGCAGCAAAUAUCUGAAAAUAGCCAAAAAUACAAACAUGUGAAGCUGUAAAUAGUCUUCGGCAGUUCUUGUUUUAUGGAAGGUAAAAUACACCUGAUGCACAAUUUUCUUAAAGGGGAGGAAACUGCCAAGUUGCUCUCUUUUUACGCCCAAGGGUCCAAGUUGUUUUUUUAUUUUUUUUAUCAGUUGUUUUAGCACAAGUUGGAUGCCAGAGUAGCUGAUAAGAGCGAGCAGCAAAAGACCGCCUGUGCUACUUUGCACAAUACGACACACGAGCAAGCCACUCGCACAUUUCCAUCCGUUUUUGCCUGUCCCGGCUGACACACACACUCGCACCAGUCUUCAGUGAAGUGACUGUCCAAAUUCCGCACAGAAAGGUCGCGUUCAAACUCCCGAAAAUGGCAACUGUUAAGCGAAUGUGCUCAUCCCUCCCUUCUGAAAAAAAGGACAUUCCGCGGGAAAAGCCAAGUGUUGGUGAGUGGUGCAAUAUUUUCCCCUCACACAAACACACAUUUAUACACACACACACUCACACCAUGUCUUAGCACUUUUCACCAAGAGCCCCAAUAUACUUGGAAAUGUCAGCAGUGAUGUAUGUAGAGAUAAUAUAAAAAUGAACCAUUUAUUGAUCUUCAGAAUGCACACAUGUGCCUACCUUAAGUCCCAAGUGAUGUAUGAGACGGAUUUUAAAAUGUGUGUGUUGCUUUUAAGUUCCAGACUGUGGUUGUAAAUGUGUGCUUGCAUCUUGCCACGUUGUUUUAAGUAUAUAAGUAUGUAAAAUAUCAGAGUAUACUGUGUUAUUGUAUGUGUGUCAUGCACCAUGUUGUAGUCGGGUCAAGAUUUUUUUUCUUUUUAUGUUAACUACAGAAUUCAUAUUGAAUUUACUUGUAGUGAAGCUUUUUUUUUUUUUUUUUUACACAUCUGCCGUUGUCAUUUUCCCCCGCUUCCUUCAAAGCCGAAAUGUGGCCUAUUUUUAUUUUUCUAUCCUAUUCAACAGCUGUUUUCAUACGGGAUAUAUAAAGUUAUUUACAUUAAUUUUAUAUUUGUUUUAUUAUAACCUAUUACUGUACUUUAUCAUUAUUGUGAAUACUGAAUCAAGCUAUACUGUAAUAAAUACAAACCAUGUCAAUGUG